AUGUCAUCUCCCAAAGUUGCUAUUAUCGGAGCUGGUCUAUCAGGCCUUGCCCUCGCUCUGGCACUGCAUCAACAAGGCAUCGAAAGCACAGCUUACGAACAACAAAGUGCCCCUCUGGAUAUAGGAGGAGCCAUCAUGCUAUCUCCCAACUCUCUCCGCGCUCUAGAUCAGCUCGGUGUCUUUCAGCGCAUCCUUCCACGCAGCUACAAGUUCAACGAGCUAUACUUCCUAUCUCAAGACGACAAGCUCGUCGACGUCUUUGAGUUUGGCAACGAGGAGAAGUACGGGUACAUCGGUAUCCGUGUCUAUCGUUUCGAACUCAUCAACAUACUCCUUGACCUUAUUCGUGAGGCGGGUAUCAAGGUUGAAUAUGGAAGAAAGUUUGAUCGAAUUGUCAAUGAGACUGAAGAAAGUGUUACUUGGCGUUUCAUUGAUGGAUCAGAAGAAACAGCUGAUCUUCUCAUCGGUGCUGAUGGUAUUCACUCUCGUGUCCGAUCAUAUCUUAACCCUGAUCUCACGCCCAAAUUUACAAACAUGAUUGGCGUCACAGCUGCCGUUCCAACAAGUCAACUCAAACUUGAAGAUGGAGAAUACAACCUACCUGCUACUUUCAUGCACGACAAGCGCGGCGCUUUUGUCAUUGCGCCCCAGUUGGCUGAUGGCUCAGAAGUUCUCAUUGGCAAGCAAAAAGUAUUCGUCGGCGACGAUCCAGGCCGCGAUGCUUGGAAAGCUAUGAACUCGGACAAGACAUGGUGUGUUGACUUUCUCCGUGAAGGAAAGGAAGACUACCCUCCCAUCGUCUCCAACGCCACUUCUCACAUUUCACCCGAGAGGGUUAAUCUCUGGCCUUUCUAUCUUCUUCCCAAGCUCGACAAGUGGUCUUCAAGUGAUAAACACGGCCGCGUGGUUGUUCUCGGAGACGCAGCCCAUGCUCUUCCUCCCACUGCUGGACAAGGUGUGAACCAAGCUUUUGAGGAUGUUUAUACAUUUGCUGGUGUUCUGGGUCAAUCCAAGCAGAAUAGUGGCAAAGGAUUGAGUGAUACCCUGGAUCGUUGGCAGAAGGGAAGACAGGAGCGUGUUGAUAAGAUCAUUGAGUUGAACAAUGAGAUUAAUAAGAGAAGGAUGCCCAAGCUGGAUGGUGUCGAGGUGGAGACAAAGCCUUUUGAUGUAGAUUGGCUUUACUCGGUUGAUCUGGAUGAAGCUGUGAAGCAGUUUGUGGGAAACAACUGA